AUGAAACGUAUCCAAGUCCUGGUCAUUAUGAUUCUCCUCAGCAGCUUGGUUUUGGUCUUACUCUACUCAACGUUGACCUCUGAGAGGACCUUCAGUCACAAGGCUUUGGCGCAAGAUCUCACAGAGACUCAAACCCUCCGAGCCCAUGCUCCUACUGCUGCUGCUGAUGAUGGUGACGAUGACGAUGAUGAUGCUGUUCCGACACAUCCAUCCAAGCAGGACCGUGUCACCUCUUUUCUCAAUGUCAUUGACAUCUCAGUCCCAGCCAGUUUCAGAAAGGACAUCCCUCAUAACAGGGCUUACUGGAAUCGCCUGCUGCAUGCCAACCUCCGACAGCUGGACCAAGGGCCAUACUACAUUCCCACCCGUGGUGGAGGUUGGUCUCAUUGCAAAGAGAUGAACGACGGGCAUCUAAAAACAAAUGUAAAUGACUUCACUUCCUACACUGACACAUACCGGGACUAUUUGCGGGGCAUGAACUGCAGGUAUCCCCCAGUCCUGAUUGAUCAGCCGAACAAGUGCAUCUCUGCAGGGAAGCCCUUCCUCCUUUUUGCCAUCAAGUCAACGCUGGCGAACUUUGAAAAGAGGCAGGCGGUGCGGGAGACUUGGGGAAAAGAGGGAUUGUAUGAGGAUGGACUGAGUGUAUCCACAUUGUUCCUCCUGGGUAGCUCCUCGCUCAACGACCCCGACCUCAAGCCCCUGCUGCAGUUCGAGGCCAAGCACUAUGGGGACGUGCUUCAGUGGGACUUCCACGAGUCCCUUUUCAAUCUAACCAUUAAAUUGAAUGCGUUUUUAAAAUGGUCAGCGGUAAACUGUCCUGGUGCAUCUUUUGUCUUCAGCGGGGAUGACGAUGUAUUCGUCAACACGCCGGCAAUUCUGAGAUACCUACAGUCCCUGGAGCCUGUGAAAGCAUCUCAGUCCUAUAUUGGACAAGUCAUUGCCGACGCAGGACCCCACAGGGACCCUAAAAAUAAAUACUAUAUUCCUUUGAGUUUUUACGACGGGCCAUAUCCUCCUUACACCGGAGGCGGUGGGUUCGUCUACUCAGGGGCCCUCCUGCAGCCCCUGUACAAGGCCUCGCGCAUCCUCCCUCUCUUCCCCAUAGACGACGUGUACAUUGGGAUGUGCUUUAAGAUGCUGGGCAUUUCCCCUGACAAGCACGAAGGCUUUCGCACCUUUGACGUGAAGACGGAGGAUCGUUACAACAUGUGUGUACAGAAGGAGCUGAUUCUGGUUCACCAGCGCAGCCCCCAGCAGAUUAAAAUGCUUUGGACAGGCAUUCAUAGCCCCCUGUUGAUGUGUUAG